AUGGAGGGGACUGUGCCGCCCGGCAGCAACCCCGAAGCGGUGGUGAAGGCAAACGGCGAAGCCGUCUGCAGCAUCACGGCGAAACAGUGGGACACAGUCGCCGUGUGGUCGUGGAAUGUGCAGGUAGGGACGUGUGCCAUUUGCAAGAGCUCCAUAGCGGACCGCUGCAUUGAGUGCUGUGGGAUGGGGGAUCGCCUCACCAACAGCAACACUGCCAUCGCAGAGCCCGGGAGCAGCAGCAACUGGGUCGGCCGCUCCCCCCGCAACCAACUGGCGUCAAGCGCUGGCUCCACGCAGGCGCGUCCACAGCAGCAACCUCAGCAGGGGCCCACGGUGGUGUCCGCGGAGUUGGCGUGGAGCGGCGAUGUCGCAGGGGAGUGUCUCAUCGUCUGGGGCGUGUGCAACCAUGUGUUUCACCUUCACUGUAUCUCGAGGUGGGUGCGGCAGCGUCCGCAGUGCCCCAUCUGUGGAAGGGGGUGGGAGGUCGCCAAGACCACCAGGAACGACUACUGA